CGCGCACACGUGCACAUACGCACGCCCGCAUCACGAGAGGCAGAAGCGAGCGGCUGCAGCGGAAACGGUUUGGCAGGGAGGGCGACAGACGGCUUUGACUUUGGGCACUUUGUCACGUUUCGACCGGAGAGGAAAGAUGCAGCGGGCAGAGGAGAAACACUGAGCGGGAGGAGAGACCGGGAGAGAGCAGGUGGUGCUGCCAAACCCGGAGUAGACGAUGCUUAUUUGCCGCAGGCCCCGCCAUCGUGAAAUUGGAUACCGACUUGCGGCGGAUGGGGUGACCGAGCUCGCUGCUCCGCCGGGGAGGUCCCUGCCUUCGGACGUUACCGGGGAGGGAGCUGCCUGUGCCCGGUUCUAAGGAAGGAAGGAGUGGCAAGAGGGAAAAUGCAGACGGAGGAGGAGACGGCCACCGCUGAAGAGCCCAUUUUGGAGGACGGGUCAGGACGAGAGCAGCAGCGUCCGGUGCAGCAGUCCUUUGGUUCCUCCCUGUGCCGGGAGUCUCACUGGAAGUGCCUCCUCCUGACCCUCCUCAUGUAUGGCUGCUUCGCCACGCUGGCCUGGUGCGCUCUGUGUCGCGUCCCCGUCCUCGGCUCCUCCUCCGGUCCUCUGGGUUCUGAUGACGACGCCACCUCGGCCGCCUACUACAACGACAUCCUGCACCUGGAGAGCCCGUGCUCCAGCGGCUACGUCUACAUCCCGCUGGCCUUCUUGGCGAUGCUCUACGUGGUUUACCUGGUGGAGUGCUGGCACUGCUUCUCCAAGACGGCAAUGUUGGCUAAUGCCGAAUUCCAGGAGGUGUACGAGCGUGUGCAGAGGCUCCAGCAGGCCACACCCUGCAUCUGGUGGAAGGCCAUCAGCUAUCACUACGUCAGGAGGACCCGACAGGUGACCAGGUACCGCAACGGAGACGCUUACACCACCACACAGGUGUACCAUGAGCGGGUGAACACUCACGCCUCCAGCUCAGAGUUUGACUACGGCCGCUACGGAGUCAAAGACGUGUCAAAGGAGCUGCUGGACCUGCAGCUGCACCCUGCGGUCCGUCUCCGCUUCACCAAGUGUUUCAGCUUCUCCAGUGCACGUGCUGAAGCUGCCUACCUCACCCAGCGAGCUCGCUUCUUCGGGGAGAACGAGGGACUCGACGACUACAUGGAGGCCAGGGAGGGGAUGCACCUGAAGAACGUGGAUUUCCGUGAGCACAUCCUGGCGUUCCCUGACCCGACCCGGCAGCCCUGGUUCUCCCGGCACAAAGUCUUCUGGCUGGCCUCUGCUUUCCUGAUGUCCUGGCCGCUGCGCGUGGUGUCAGAAUAUCGCACGGCGUACGUCCACUACCACGUGGAGAAGCUGUUUGGUGAGGACGAGGAUGGUGGAAGAGGGGAUGGGGUUGAAGGAGGGACUGAGAAUGGACUCCAUCCUGGAAUCAACGGGACGAGUUACAGAGCCAUCUCUCGGGUCAACACGGUGGACAUGACGGAGCUGGAGUGGCACAUCCGCUGUAACCAACAGAUGGUGCCGAGCUACUCUGAAGCCCUGCUGAUGGACUUGGAAAUGAGCGGGGGGACAAACCCCACCGCCUCUACGCCCAUCUCUGGGGCCGCAAGCUCCACCCCGAGCACGGGGCCCAACCCGCCUCCUCUCGCUCUGCCCGUUGUCUUCAACUCGGCCUACCUCCUCCAGAGCUGCCCCCGCUGCCGGAGGACCACGUCCAGCUCCAGCCUGCCCUCCAGGCUGCGGGCCCCCAUGGGAAACACAGCGCUCCUGAACGCUACCGUGGCAGGCAUCAGGGCAGCGGGGCAGGGGGGUGGAGGAGGUAUCGGGGGACGGUUGGUGCUCAGUCGGAGCGGAUUCUCUCUGGGGAGACUGGCAGCAGGUCGCCCGAACAGCCUGUUUCAUUCAAGAAGCAUGGGAGGAGGGCUGGGAGGGAGAGGGGGAGGAAGCAGUGGGGGAGGAGGAGGAUUCCUUGGUUUGGGUUCAAGGCAGGACAACGAGGAGACCAGAGGAGUGCUGGAAGGAGAAGGGGAUGAAGAGGAGGAGGAGGAAGAGCAGCAGCAGGAGGAGGAAGCAGCAGCAGCGGUGGUGAUGAGACGGGAUCAGGGAAGAGGAGAGAGAGACGAAGACGCAGAGCCAGACAGUGCAGGAACAGGGGAGGGGAGGGAGAGCGAAGGGGGAGGGAGGGAGCGUCCUCCAUCCUAUCAGGACGCGUUCUUCUUUCCCGUCCUCAUCAUACAUGGAGAGGAGAGCUGCCACGGUGGAGACGACAUGUGACGAUUAAAAAACAAACAACAGAUUUCACAUUAACAGCAAGAGAGUCUGGGCAGAGGCCGAGGGAGAUGAAAGAACGCGCUGAACACAAAGAGUGGAUCAGAGAGUGACGGCAAUAAGAUGAGGACAGAAUGAGGUUGAAAGAACUACAGGAAGAAGAAAUGAUUAAGUAAGAACAAUGCAUUACAGAGGUAAGAGCAGCUGUGUGAAACAGAAUAACCAAUGAAACAAGGGGAGAUGGGAAGGUGUACGGUAGAACAUGACUGUUACAGGGAGCAGUGCAUACAGUAAAAGACCGGAACGCACUAGUUCAGAUGAGAUGAUAGCUGACCGCAAAAUAAUAUAAAGUCUGAUGCUGUGUUCACACCUAAUGUUCUCAGGUGAAAAGCCUGUAAGUGUUAAGAUUCUAAUAAACAUCUUAAAUGAUGGUGAGGUAAUACCAUUUUAACUUUUAACAGUAUGUCAAAAUCCAUGUGUACAGACAUAUGUAUGCCUUAGUGAGGAUGGAACAGCUAGUGUUAGCAUUGCCCUCAUCAAUCCAAACUCCAUUCAAGCAAAAAAGCAUUUUGAAAGUUGUUUGCUUGUCCUUUUGCGUACAGACCUAACAAAGGAUUAACUGUUCUUAUAUUAAUGUUGUGAGUAAUUCACGUGACUGACACAAUGUUAAAUUCAUCUACGUAUAUGGUGUGAACACAGCAUCAGAAUAUGAGUGAAGCCAAAUAUUUAAACUGUAGACUUUACACUAAGAUAUUGAGAACGAGAGGAAUGUAUACUUCCAGAUGUAUCUAUACAAGAACUAAAUAUGUCAGAGGACAUUACAAAGGGUUUACUAAUUCAAUGUGAGGAAGUAGGAGAGAAACAAUGAUGCGCUUUUGGUAAGGUAAUAGAAAAUGGCAAGGGAGGAGUAUAACAUUCUAACAACAAUAGGCGGAGAGGAAUAGUCAAAUGCAAACAGACCAUGUCAGACCAGAUUAAUCAAAUCAUGAAUUGAAAGAUCACCUCAAGAGGAGGAGAGAAACAAAAAAAGAAGGAGCAGCAACCCUGAUCUGGAAUCUGAUCAGGAAAUCAAAUAGUAUUCAAACAGUCCCCCCCAGAAGAAGACCCAGAUUCACUUUACAACAUCACACAGCAUCUGUCGAGCAACUGUAACAUUAUAAUAAGAUUGGAGAAGUAUUGAUUUCCUCCCUCCUCUUCAUGCCUCACCUCACCAUUAGCUUCCGCACCACUCUAUCCAUUACCAAUAUGGAGCUGAUAGAAAAAACUCCAUACGAAGAGGAGAGAUGGCUUCCUCUCCUUCCAUCUUCUGUCCUCCCUCCAUUUUCUCUGCUCUUCUCCUCCCUCACCUCCAAACAUGCCAAAAGAUAGGUGACAUUGUGAGCAACACAUCUAUUGCUUUUUUGAAACACGAAUCAUUAGGGGCAACAUCUCUUCUCGAAAUUAGCCUAUUGUGUUUUCAUUCAAGUGAAAGGGUGUUGUACCGUAGUUGAUUCACUACCUCCUUCUCCCUCCUCUACUUCUCUGCCAUCACCACUCCUUCUUCUGUAAAGUGCUGCACCUCUCCUGCUCCUCAGAUCACAUUUCCUCUUCGCUCACUCCACAAAUCACGCCUCCUCUCGGCGAGGAUUCCUCCUCCACCAUCAGAUUUUAUUAAGCAGAUAUAUCACACUUUAGAUAAAGUUUUUUUAAAACCUCUCCCCAUGUCUGAAUAUUGUCGAAGAGACAGAAUAAACAAAAAUGUUAAGAUACUGACAGGUUGCUAACACAGGGUGGGGUUUUCCACCAGUUAUGCCUGUAUAGUUGUGCUCUAGUUUUAAACAGUUGUAGCCAAAGAUAGGCUUGCGUAAAAUGAGAAAAAAUGACAAUAACCUUCCUAAAAUAACAAGGUACUAUAUAACACAGUACUGUAUGUGUUUACGCAUGAUAAAUCACCUCUUAGUCUCAUUUAUGUCCAUCAUUUUGGACCGCAUGGGAAGUCAAACAUGAGCUCAGCUGGUAUACUCCUAAAAUAAAAAACAGACAAGAAUAAUUCCGAGGUCGAAUCGCUUUGUGCAGACGUUAACAUUGCUGAUAACAAUAGUGUAAUAAAUCCAACAAAGAAAUCCUUAAAGCCCGGCCCUUUGAUCGAGUAAAGGGCCGUCCACACCGAGAAACAUGACUAAAACUAUAAACGCUGUGAGCGUCCACACAUCCAAAAUAACGUGUUGGAGCCCCACAAGGGGUAUUGUUGCAUAGAGAGCGAAAAGGACACGAAUAAUAAUAUUAGAGAAGUUUAAAAAUAGCUAGUGAUUUGCAUCUGUCAACACUGUGGAAGUGAAGAGAGGGACAUAGAUUCUGUAAUAAGAACAUUGAAUUACGGAUACAAAUAAGUCCUAAUAUUCCCUUUUACUAAUCCCCGUCCUGUAUGUGACAAAUACACUUCAUUUACGGAUGGAUUUUAACUGGCUGUUAGUGUUUAAUCCUUCAUCAAAUCGCUCUUAAAGUGAUCCAAAAUAUAUUUGUUGCCACUUUCAUCAUAGUUUUAUAUUUACAGUUAUCUUUAUGGUUAUCUUUCUCGGUGUAGACGGCCCUUUGGCCACAUUGUGCCAUGCUGCUUCCUCCUCCUCUUGAAGAAUCACCUUCAAAUAAGUAACAGUGCUCUCACUAUAAAAUGUUUAGCCGGCAUAGAGAUGCAUGUAACUUAAUGACAGCUAUCGUGCAGUAGCUACUAACGGCUAUGUAGCAAAUCUUUCUGCCAUUGCAAAAAGCAGUGAACAAAAAAGUGAAAUGUAGAUAUUUCAGACUCAUGUAGAUAAUCCAUAGGGUUUAACUCUGUUUUCAGGCAGGGAGACAAUUGGCACAGACAACACCACCAUCAGUGCAGUGAUUUUACAAAGCAUACUAAACCUGCUGCAUUAGCAAGAAGCAUUUCAACUUGUUAGCUGGACAUUUCUUACCAUUCCCUGGGGUUCCGCAGCCACUCUGUGAUGAUGGAAGGUCUCCCUCGUUCUCGAAAAAGCACACUUAAAGAAUGAAAGUUUGAAAAAAAUAUCCUACAUGAGGAGUUUCCUGAAAAAGAGCAAUGCUUCAGACGCUUCAUAAAUAUGGAUCCUUACACCCAACCUGGAUUCAGCAGAGACGGCAGGAAACGUUCUUUCAAUGAAACUUUCCGGAAGGAUAAAGUAGAGCACGGCCUGGUUUGCUGUACGGGACACACACUCUGACACACAUUCACACACAGACUCUGGAUCUUCCGUAACUUUCGGGGACCUCAAUCUGGAGUGGGCACCAGGAGGCACAUGGACAGAAUAAUUACUGGACAUCAAAUAAACAGCAACCAGGAUGUUUCUUUGUGACUGGACAACUGGAAAAUGACUUGCUUAAGCAGCCGCUAAAAAGAAGAAAAUGUGAGAUUAAAAGACAAUUAUUUUUACAGCUAUAUAUUAUUAUCUCAGUCUCUUGACUUGUGGAUAAAAACAUCUCCAUAAAUGUCCCUGAACAAAAAGAAGCACUAAAAAGCAUUGAACCACACUUCUGUUAAUUUGAUAGAGUUGCUUCCACACAUUCAUUCACUCUGUUUAUGCGUGUGUAUUUCAGUUCCUACGUAUAGCCACUUAAACUGGAAAUCACAUGUAGUGAGCUUCAAUUUAACAUCCUAACUAUCCUAAUACUUUGCCACUAAAACUGACAAACAGAAAAAUACAAUUCAGUCUGUAAUGUGCUGCUUUUAUAUCAUCUGCAUACUUGAUUAGACAUUAUUUCAGGUUAUUAAGUGAUGUCUUAAAUCCAAAUGCCUUUGUAAGCUUCAGAAUUGUUUUAUUUAUUAGCUGUUUUUUUAUUUAUUUAUUUAUUUAAUUAUUGUAAAACAGACAAUGUACUUCCCAUAGCCUUUGAUUACUGAGCCUCCAAAAUGCGUUGGGUGCUUGGAGUUUUGAUAUUUAAUGUGUUGCGACUGGAUAUUUAUACUGCUUUAUUAUCAGUGUGUCAAAAGUGUGUCCUCAGUCGCUUCAGGUGUGCCAAGAGCUUUGUGCCCAUGAUGUCUUACACACACACUCAUGCGCGCUUGCAUGUUUAGCCACAGCCAUAAAGCAGCCAUUAUAACAGCUUAUUUUAGACUAGAGUAACAUCAACCCAUAACAGCCACACACAUGCAAAGUCUUAACUAACACACACACACACACACA